CGCGACACGUCCGGAGUCUCGUGCAGUGGUUCGGGUCCGGUUUGGCGUGACUUUAUUUUAACUGUGAAACGCCCGGAAAAGUCCGGAUUCUUUGAUUAAAACGAGCGAAGGAAUUUUGAGGAUAAAGGCCGCUGGAGGGAGGUGUGUUCAGGUGUCUCGUAAACCAUAAUUGCCCACAUUCAUUAGGAAGAUCCUGAACUCGCCGCCGUGGAUGGGGUGUUCGUCCGGCCACGCCAUCUCCGCGAUGGAAACCGAAGAAGAAGACAGCGAAGAGCCGCAGCCCGUGCGAUGAUCCCCCCGCAUCCCACCAUGCCAUCGUUCAACCUGCAGUUGGCCAUCGUCAUCGGCUUCUGCACGCAAAUGAUCGUGGCGGACUGCCCCCGGCUGUGCGAAUGCAAGUGGAAGAGCGGCAAAGAGUCCGUGUCCUGUCCCAACGCCAACCUGUCCACCGUGCCCCUGCACCUCGAGGCCGGCACCCAGGUGCUCAACCUGUCCAAGAACAACCUCGUCUCCGUGAAGAACGACGAGUUCGGCAAGGCGGGCCUGCUCAACCUGCAGAAGGUCUACAUCUCUCACUGCCGCCUCAAGAACCUCGAGCGCCACGCCUUCCGCAAGCUCAUCAACCUGGUGGAGCUGGACCUGAGCCACAACGCGCUGGCGUCGGUCCCGUCGCAGACCUUCGACUCCAUCCCCGAACUGAGGGAGUUGCGGCUGAACGGGAACCCGAUCCAGAGGAUCCUGGAUGAGGCCUUCGUCCACGUGCCGCAGCUGGUGAGACUAGAGCUAUCCGAGUGUCGGAUCACGUCGAUAGAACCCCGGGCCUUCCACGGGCUAGAAGAGUCGCUGGAAUGGCUUAAACUGGACUAUAAUAAAAUCGCCGAGGUGAUGUCUUCGUCGUUCACCGUUUUGAAUAACCUGCACGGCCUGGAACUAGCAGGGAACCCUUGGAAUUGCUCGUGCCCGUUGAGACCCUUGAGGGAGUGGAUGGUGCGGAAGAACGUCCCGUUCGGGAUUCCUCCGGUCUGCCAGAGCCCCAAGCGUCUGCGGGCCAAACCCUGGGACAAGCUCGACCUCGACGAGUUCGCCUGCAUCCCCGAGAUCUUCGCCUACGAGAGCAAAGCCAAAGGAGUGGAAGGCAAGAACGUCACCAUGACCUGCCGGAUCGCCGGGAUCCCGGAACCUCAAGUCCGAUGGCUGCUCAAGAACAAAGUCAUAGCUAACCUAUCCGGCUCGUCGUACUCCAACGGGAAAAAACUCUACAUGGUGCACCUCCAGAACAACUCCAGCGACUUGACUAUCUUUAGUGCUGACCUCCAGGACGCAGGGGUGUACGUUUGUGCGGCCGAAAACAAAGCGGGGAGGGUGGAAGCUAGUGUGACUUUAGCGGUGAUAAGGAAACCUCCGGAGACGGCUUUCAAUAACAAAAUACUCAUUGCUAGUGUUAUCACGGGGAUCGCGUUAGUUCUGGCUUCGUGUCUGAUCGCGUUGUGUAUAUACUCGGUGAGGAAGAAGCAAAUGCUGACGUGGAGAACUCGUGAGUGUCGGCGCGAAGACAACUACGAGAAGAUCGAGAUGAAUCACAAAGUGGCGGGGAACUCGAACGGGGGCGCGGUGCCGGCGGAGAUUGCCGUGGUGGCCACGAAGAAGAACGGGGAGUACAGGGUGGUGCCGGUGGCCGACAACGAGGAGGUGGAGGAGGAGGAGGAGGCCAACGUGGAAGGGGCGAAGAAGGUGUGGGUCGAGAGCGCGAUCGAGAAGAGGUGGAAUUCGCCGGAGCAUUUGUUGGAUCCCGACGACUUGCACAUACCGCGGAGGACGAUCCAGGAGGCCAGAGACGAUAUCCGGAAGGGGUUCAGUUCGACGUCUGGUACAUAUAGUGGAUACGAACAGCCGUCGACAUCCCUAAGCCAAAGCGUUGCCCCACAUCUCCUUCGCAGGCAAAUAUCUGGCGGCUACGCGACAACCUACAACAGUGAGCUGUCAAGCUUGAUGGAGGACGACGGUGACAAGAAAUAUCCGGAUUUGAUUGAGAACUCUUCGUACAAGUUUGGGAACAAGGCGAACAGCGAAGGCGGCAGCGUGACCGACAUAACCGAAUUGUUCUGCACUUUACCGCGGAAAAGGGCGCUCAUCCAGAGCUCGCGCUACAAAAGCAGCGACAGCCAGUCACCUUUGCUCCCCGAGAGUCGGUACGGAAGCAGCGGCGGCGACAGCAGCUGCGGCAGCCAGGAGUCGAGCCUCCGCAGGCUCUCGGACUGCUCCAAGUAUCCGGUGGCGGCGAACUUAAACAAAAACAGGGUAAACAAAAUGUCAAGCAGCUACUUGAACCUCACCCGGGAGGAGGAGGUGACGCCCACCCCCCUGCUCGACGUGUCGGGGCUGGAGAGCCGCGUGGCGUUCAAGAGGGACUCCUCGUCCCCCACUUCGGUGACGCCAAACGCGAAUUCCUACGACUACCACGCGGCGCAACUCGAGAAAUUCCUCGAAGAGUACCGAACCCUCCAGAAGCAGCUCACCAAGAUGAAGGAGACGUGCGACAACCUGCGCCAGGACCACAUGCAGGGCGGGUCGCCGGUGGCGCCGACCGUGACGCCGUCGACGUCGAGCGACGACGUCCUCAGGAACAAUCCGGUCUCGCCAAAUUCAAAUCAGUCACUGGAGGACUCGAUUGAUUUUCGCAAUUUCGAGAGCGAACUCACCAAGUAUUUGCUUGCCAAAAGUUCUCCCUCUCCCAAAACUUUCACCAACAAUAGCGGAGUGUUCAAUAAUUGAAUGCGGACUCGAAAGAUUGUGGCGGGAGUGGCGCUCGUGACGGACUUUUGACGUUUUUACUACCGUGUAUUAUAUGCAUCAGUCUGUACAUAUCUGUAUGAUUGUUACGUAUCAUUUGUUUGUUAAAUGUUGAUAGUUUUAGCUACAUUUGUGAUAUUAUGAAGGUAGAAAUUUAUUUAUCGACUUGAUGGGUUUUUCAUAUCAUACGAAUGCGUUCACUGUAACA